AUGUCGGGCACGGUUUCGGUUUCUUACAUCGCCUGGACGUACCGAGCUCCGGUCUCGUGCUCUGUGGUAUCUCAUAUGCAGGCUACUACUGCCUACGACUGCAGCUGGACACCCAGACCAUGCAGCGAGAGUAUUUCAUCCUUGCCCACGAUCUUCCGGAUGACCUGUCCAUCAUCGAGGCACGAAUCGACGUGGCACCCUCACCUUCACAGCGACGGAGUAUCAGCGACAUCGGUAGGCCAGCAACCACGCAUUUGCGCACACUGGCGCAUUUCCGUGAUGCCCUCUUCGCCACGGGCGUUCGGAUUGCGACAGGCCAGAAAACUGUAUGCAGUGACAGUCGAAAAUCCUGCUUUAGAACGCAGAGAAUCGUGUCUGCGCCGGUUCUGUAUGGGGUCAUGGGUUUCACAGAGGUUUCGGAGGAAUGGCCAUGCAAGACAUCUUGCAGUAACUCGAUUUGGUCAGCGUUGGUUCCCUUCUCCGCCGACAGUGGGAGAUCGGCAUGACACCUGGCGAAGUCGAUAUCAUCUAAACAGCUCAAAGUCCUCAGAUCGAUGA